CAUGUACGAUAACCAUUCAGCGAAAUGGGUGUAUUAACCGAGAACGUAGCGGGUUAAAAUGUUUUGUGUUUGGAACAUUUUUGUUCUGGAUAUUAGGUACGACAUACAUAACAAAAAUUUGCUGGGUUUUAAAAUACAGAUAGAAAAGAUCAUCCAGGCAAAUGUGGGGACCUUUGACAAGCCGCUAGCUUCCUGUCCUCGUCGAGGCCACUAGUAUUAGUGGCUCUCUGGUAAAUUCAGGUAAAUCCACCGCUGCCUAUUGGAUGUAAAGGAUAUGUUUAUUGUGACACUGGCUCUCCACAUAAAUAAUAAUAAUAAUAAAUGUUUAUUCUUGUACAUACAUACAAGAUAUGAGUUACAGAUUGUUGGAUUGCUAGAUAGAGCUAGAACAUAUUAUGCCUAAAGUCACUAAUAUGCACAGCGUUUCGGGCAAAAAUUGUGGAUGUUGCUAUUUAUUGGAAAAAAGACGGGAAAAACACUUAGACUAAAACUAAAACUUAAAACUAAAUGAGAUCAAAGCAUAAAUAGAAUUGAAAUAGGGGGAAAAAAGAUACAAAACUGAUAAUUACAUGAUGGGUGGAACAGCAGAAAUUGCAGCAGAAUAGCAGAAGUAAUUUUAACUAAAUAAACAGAAGACUACAAUUUUCUUCAAGUUUAUACAUGGCAGAUAACAGCAGUUAAACAAGUUGGUCAAUAAUCAACAUUAUUUGAAAAUAGCAAGUUACAGGUUGACAUUUACGAGGUAAGUUAGGUUACAUGGACUUUAUUAGGUAGUUCUUAGUUUUUCUCUUAAACUGGUUGAGAGAGGUACAGCCUUUGACAUGAUUGGGAAGGUCACUCCCCAUUCUGCUGAGUCCCUUGUUUUGUAGAGCAUUUCUAGUUUGGUUAAGGCGCACUUUUGGAAUAUCAAAUAGGUAUUUAUUUUUGGUGUGAUGCUCAUGAGUUCUGUUACUACCUUCUAGGGAGCGUUUAAAGUCAGGAUUGGCAUUACAGUUCAGAGUUUUAAAUACAUAAACACUUGAGAGGAUGUGCAGUGACUUAAGCAACAUAUGUCAGUUGCUUAAUUUAGAAACAGUAAUUGUGGUCGGUCUCUGGCCCAAUGUUGAUGUGACGAUGUGCACUGAAUUUUGUAACUAGUUCAUCAAGACUGUAACUUGCUUAGCUAAAUGAAUUGUGGGGUUCAGUCCCUGAGCCCAUUAUGUGCCUCUGUAACCCUUUCCACUACCGCCCACAAGAUGGGUAUGGGGUGCAUAAUAAAUGAACUAAACUAACUAACGGUGUUACACUUUCUCUAAUGUAGCUAUGUCCUUCUGAAGAUGUAAUCUCCACGCUCGGAUACAGUAAUGUCUCCUAUACAUUUUUGCAUCAGUUUGCACCGGAGAGACAAUUGAAUCACUACCUUCUUUUCCUACUAAUGUACAUUAUACAUAUAUAUACAUCGGGGUAUUAGCUGACCACUUUACUCAUAUUAAUUAAAUUGUAGCUAUAUUAUGAACUAAUGUGAAUAUAUUGAAUGUACUACAUUCGAAAUUUGUUAUAUAAUAUCUAAUGUUGCCCAGUUGCCCGAAACGCUAUGCGUACUAGUGGCUUUAGGUAUUGUAUGUACUAGCUUUAUCUAUAAAUCCAACAUUAUGUUUGUAAUUAAUCCUCUAUGUAUAUACUUUUACCCGAAUAAACAUUUGAUUUGAUUUGAUUUGAAUGUAUUUUCUUGUGAAUUAGAGAGGCUCGUAGUGCACCUCCCCGGGACUUGUAAACACUGGCCAUUUAAACGACGACGACUGGAGAUUUAAACUGUCCAAAUAGCCCCGGAGGAAACACGCUAACUGCACGUCACACAAAGACGACGACGACGAAGAAGAAGAAACCACCAGAAUAGUUAUUAUUUCAGUCUCUACGUCAAGUUAACUCACUCUAGUUAACCAACUCAAGAAUAGCUCUAGUCAGCCCAAUCCCACACUUAUUUUUAAAUUUGUUAAUUUUUAAAUCUGAAGUGAAAAUAGGUACUGUACUAUUAACAUUUCAGAUUAGGGGACAGAAAGCCCUAUGGGUGUAAAAGAGUUAUGGAGUCUUGUGUCACCAACUGGGGAACUUCUGUCGCUGUCUGCUUUAGAAGGUCAGGCCGUGGCUGUGGAUCUUUCCUGUUGGGUAGUAGACUCGCAGUCGCUGCACUUGGGAAAUGUAACACGCCCACAUCUCAGGAACUUAUUUUUUCGUACACUGGCUCUCUUGAAUGCUGGAGUGUUGCCAGUCUUUGUAUUGGAAGGGGUUGCACCAAGCCUAAAGUGGAAUACUAUCACAUCCCGUAACCAGAGAAACUUUCAUCAUAAAGGCGCUUCCAAGAAGGUCUCCGUGAAGACAGGACAAAGAUCCCGGUUUAAGUCGAUGCUAAAGGAGUGUGGUGAGCUCCUUGAUCUUCUGGGCAUACCGUGGGUGCAGGCAGGUGGUGAAGCAGAGGCAACGUGUGCGGCUCUCAGCUACCACCAGAUGGUUAAAGGCGUCAUUACCCAAGACAGUGAUGUCUUUUUGUAUGGGGGUCAAACAGUAUUUCGCAAUUUUACUGGCAAUCAGCAAAAAGCAACAGUUGAGAGGUUCAGUAUGGAAAUCCUAGAAGAUCGACUGCAACUCACUCGUGGAGGAUUAAUAGUUCUUGGCAUUUUGCUUGGAUGUGACUACUUGCCAAGUGGUGUACAAGGAGUAGGCAAAGAGACGGCAGUGAAACUCCUCAAGGCUUGGUACGAGUCUGGCGAGCGAGACCCGGUGCGAAGAAUGUGUUCUUGGUCAACCCAAGAUAACACAGCCUCUCAGCACACUCAAAUGAGUUCCAGAAAAUGGAAAAAUGGGAGCAUUGAAGAACUAGAAGCAGGAGUCAGGAAUAGGGUAGUGACAACAGAGGGGUUCCCCUUCACAGAAAUCAUCCAGGAAUUUCAACAGAAGCUCAGUCGUCCAAUCUCUAAAAUUCAGUGGAAUCAGCCAUGCUAUGAGGAACUUGUGAAAUGGUGCAUCCAGAAACUAGACUGGACAGCAGAAUACGCAGUGGAGAAAACCUCUCCAGUUGUAACUCGAUGGAUUGUGACCCAUGGGACAAUGCUUCGAUGUCUUCAGCCGGUUGGUAUUAUGAGGCGAUGUGUCCGACGUGGUGUAGUGGCAUACGAGUUGCAGUGGAAAGUUAUCACGUGUGACCUUCCUGAAGACACCCCAGAUUACCUCAUCACAGACGAACCUCUCUAUCUUAUCCAAAAAUCAUUGCCUCAACUUCUGCAUGAAUUUGAAGAAAAAGCCAAUUCCAAGAAAAGAGGUAAAAAUAAGAAGAAGCCCAAGGAUGAUGACAAGAUACUUGUUGAUGAUUAUCAUGUGAAGUUAGCUCAAGAUAACACAAAGAAACCGGAUAAACAUUACAAGGAUGAAUCCAAGACUCUGCUGGUUAAAGAUGAUCUCAGGAAACUGGCUGAAAACAACUCCAUUCAAUUAGGCAAAAAUGAUCUAAGCAAAUUAGUUAAGACAAGCCCCAUAAAAGUUAUUAAAAGCAAAACUCCUAAAAUUGUGACGAGCAGUGUUAGUCCCAUGUACAAGAACAGCAAACUGAAUGAAUAUAUCAUGUUCAGCCAAAACAAAGAACAAGCAACAAUUUUUGGAGAGCCUACUUCCAAGUGUGAUUAUACCGAAGGUGCAUUAAACCAAACGUUGAAAGAUGAUGAUGAGCACGAAGAUGAUUUGUCAUUUAUCAUUGAUAGAAUAAUCAACAUCAAGGUUAAUAACAGCUCAAACCACCGAAGAAUUCACCAAAAGGGUAUGCCACAAAUGGGAAUACACCAAACAGAUAUGCAAAGUGGAAGUGAAAAGUGUCAGAAAAAUCAGGCACCAGUAUAUUACACUGAAAACCAGAGGGCAGUGAUAAAAGCUGAAGAUCAUUAUACAACUUAUGAUCUAGACAAGGAAAAUGUGAACUUAAAGAAAAUAAAUUGUCAGAAAUUAUUAGAUUCUACAGUGGGAAACCUGCCGCAAGAAGUAAUUGGUUGUGAAGAUGACAACGAGAGUUGUCCAGAAAGUUUCUUGAAUAGAGUAUCCAAAAGACUUCAUAAACUUAACCAGGGAAAUAAGAAGGGUCCAGCCAGCCUGCAACAUCAGCACCAGUCAUCUAAUAAACAACAUGGGAGCCCAUAUUCUGAUCAUAAGUCUGUUGAUUCUUGGGGAAAAAGUUCAUGCAAAGAGGUGCAGAACACCAGAAAUGUCAGUAGUCACAGCUUUAAUGAUGAUACAGAAGCGCUUGCAUGCAAUAAAAAUGCUCUGUGUGAAUUUAAGCAGUCCUCAGAAAUGUUUGUACAAAUGGAAAUUUUGUGUGAAAAUAAUAAAUCAUAUUUGGAAAUUUUCCCCAAAUCACCUGCAGAUUUUUGCAGCCCCAAAUCCAAGGCAGAUAUAAAUAUCAAUCAAGUGUCAAAGGAUCUGUUUGAUGAUACAGAUGAUAGUCUUUGUAUUGUUUCAUGUUGUAGUUCAUCAUUACCCAGACUACAGUCCACUCCAUAUUUAUCAGACAAUGGAGGCACAGUUGGAAUGAGUAACUCGGCCAUGAUACUUCAGGAUGUAAAAUUCACUCCAAAUGCACAUGUGAUUGAAAAUGCUGAUGACAAAUGUUCUUGUUUAUCUUUUGUUUCUCCUUUGCAAGACAACUGUAAUAAAUUGUUGUUUGAUAAAUGUUUGUCUUAUUCUGCCACAACGUCUAAACUCAGUGACUUAUCAUUAAAUGAUUCUCUUCCAAUAUUAAACAAGCAAACUAUUCCUUAUAUUGUAAAGGACAACAAUAAUAGUGCUGCUUUGAUCAACUGUAACUCUUCUACCUUCAACAAAACCCCAAAAACCUGUAAAGAGCGGAAUUUAUCAAGAGUGACCUUCAGACUCCUUGAUAGCUUCAGUGAUUGUGAAAACAGUGUAUCAAAUUAUUCAGAAUUGAAGCCACCUCAGUCCAGUGUCACAUGUGCAAAAGAAUUACAAAAGCCUUCGGGAAUGAACAUCAUUUCUUGUGAAAACCGUGAAAAAAAUAUUAACUUGUGUGGCCAGAGAAACAAGAAUAAGUCAUUAGCUAUACCAAUUAUGGACAAGGGGAACAAACAUGGCUGCAAUAAUGAUAAACCAGAAAUUGAAUAUAAAGCAAUGAAUGGAGUUUUAACAUGUGACAGCCAAGAGACAAAUGAUGCAAGUCCAUGUCUUGUGGGAAAAGAUAAGACAAAGGUUUGUGAUCCCUUUUCUCCAUUUGUUGGCCUGACACUAGCUGAAAGACUCAAGAAGAAAUAUCCCAGCAAAACAUUUGUAAAAUUCCUUGAUAAUGUUUGAUCCAAAAGUAAAUGCAUUAGGUUACAUUUAUAUUUAUUUUGUAACAUUUUCCUAAUCUGAUAAAUUAGUAUGCAGUAUUAAAAUAGGUAUAUGCUUGGCAAUUUGUCAACAGUAUUGCAUAUUUAAUUUUCUUUGGAUACAUAAUCAGAGAUCAGGCUUACUUGAUCCAAUGCACCUUUUAUGGAAAAUGAGAUACUGUACAAAAGAUAGGAAGUGAUUGACGUUACUCUUCUCUAUAUUGUGUGUAUACAUGUGUAGGUCUUGCUUCCACGAUUUUUGUAAUCCAGCAUAUCUUAUUUAAAAUAUCUUGCAUAAAUUGACAAAAACGGUAGUCUUUUGUGAGGUAAACUUUAAGGCAUAUUUGAUCAAUGAAUGUUUGUAUGUAUGGUCAAAUGGUAUAAGUAUAUACUUUGCAUAUAUUUAUAGUGUUCUGUUUUUCUAUUUGCACAAAUGACAAAUUCAAAUUUUGUUUAUAAAACAAUUAUGGGACAAAAUAAAUAAUUAAAUUUGAUCUGUGAAGCAUAAAAUGCACACAAUCUUGGCAUCUAAUGCUUUAAGAAUUUGGAUAAUAUCCAUAGGAAUUGCUAUAUCUUUUAAUGGUGGGAGCUUUGUCUUUAAGCAUUUCUAUACAGUAUAUAUGCAGCAGUACUUAAAUUCAUGGUUGAUAAAUAUCCACAACUUAGUUGAAGACACUUUUGGUGACUUCUUUUAUGGAUGAACUUCCAAUCUUCAAUUUUGUAUUAAAUAUAAUUGGCAAAAUUUUGACUAUUUGCUUGUAAUUUUAUAUUCCUGACCACAUUAGUAUCAAUGCCAUUUGGAUGAACUCAGUACAUUUAAUUUGCACUUUACCUUCUUGUGAUAUUAGAAAUCUUGUCCUUAUCUAGUGUUUGUUGGUGAAAGCAAGAAAGAAGUAGUUUCAAUACUUCAGCUAAAGAUAAUCAAUGGAUUUCAUUUCUGUUCCAACAAUAUCUCUUUGAUAGAGAUGGAGCUUUCUACACUAAAGCAUUGCGAGGCUCCUCUGAUGAAUUAGUAACAAAUUUAAGUUUAGUUGCUCGAGUCAUGUUUACUGUAUUACAUAUUCUGGAACUAUGAGAAUCUUAGUCAUAGUUUUCUCUCUAAAUUUCUACAGUUGUUAAUACCAUCAAUCUAUACUUUGCUUUUCUCCUCUCAUGCAAAUUUUAUUCUUGUGCUAUAGUCCUCAAGAGAGAGAGAGAUUUUUGCUUGUUGCUCAAUCCACCACAUGGAUGGGAAAGAGGUGACUGAUUUAUGCAAUACACGUUAAUCUCUGGAGCCAUUUUCAGACUGCUUAUGGGCAUCUUCUGCAAUAAUAACUUUACUGGCUUCUUUUGUUGGGUUAUUUUGUGAUCUAACUUUUCUCUCUUUUGAAAUUCUCAGCAUAAAUGUAUAUUUUUACUGUCAGAAACCAGCUUUCUUGAGUUAUAUUUUUUGGAUAGACUGUACUAGUAUUCAUGAAAGUAAAGUACUUUGUUGUAUUUUUCUUUAUUCAGUAUUUUUUUUAUUUAGUAAAUUGAUAAGUCUAAUUUCUGGACGAUUAGUGUGGAAGGAAAAAGUGCAUUGCUGUCUUGGUGUUUCAUCAAUGCUGCAUGAAAUUAAUUAUUGCUUUUGCAUUGAAAUUUGUUUAAUAAUGAAAUGUAUUCAAUAAACCUAUUCUAUAUGUGGAGGUUAUACAGUAUUGUAUAUAUGCAUGUAUAUGUCUUACUUCUACAGUCAAAUUAAAGAAUAUAUUUUAAAUAUUUUACACCAAUUUAUAUGUACAAUCACCUCUUUUCUGAUAGAGGUGAACUUUUAGGCAUACAUAUCAAUGCAUGUUUGUACAAAAUGUCAAAUGUAUAAAUAUACACUUUGCCUAUAUUUUUAGUGCUUUA